UAGCCACCUUGCACUCACGUUUUCCCGCCCGGAAAUAACCACAUGUUGCAGGCAUGUGUUUGGUCAGCUAUGUGGGGGCGGGCUGAGCGUGACCUGUGAACCAGGAAGUGCGGGGAUCUCGUGAGUGUGGUUCUCUCUCGUUGCGGUGUGCUCGAAGAAUAAAGUUGACUGGAAGCAGCCGGAAACCGUGUCUCUAUCUCUGCCUAAGUCAAGCCUAAGUCCAGCCUAAGUUAAGUAAAAUAUAUCGAAAAAGUUGACCAGGCACAUUGCCACGACUGGCAAUGGCUGCCUAAAAGACAACAAAUGGAUGUCACCCGGCUUGAUUUGCACAAUAAAGAAAGGUUAACAUGAAACAAUUAAUGCAAUAGUGCGUUUGUAAUAUUCAACCACGUACUUUAGCCGGGCGGUGGCGGUAAGGAUCCUCAUGGCUGCUUUGCCAGCCGCCAAAAAAAAGAAGAAGUAGAAGAAGAAAGCGGAAGUUAACGCAGCCUCCGGACGACAACCCAAGGCAAAUGGCGAACGAAAUGGGUUAAUGAAGAAGAGGCGCAAAGCGACCACCGACGGCUUUUCUGAGGUGUUGGGAAGAAAGAUGGCGUCGGGGGAGGAAGAACAUUCUCGAAAAAGACAAGAGAACGAGAUUUGCUCCACCGACUUGGUGUUACACACCCAAGAUGUGCAGCAGCAGUUUGCUCCUCGGCCGCAGGGACGGGGCUCCACAGUCAAGCAGGAGAAUCCACAGCCCAGUCUCCUCAAAGAGGAAGACCAGGAACUCCGGAUUGCUCAGGAGGGGGAACGUCUUUUGGGGCGGGACGAGUGUUUCCCCGGCUUGUUGCCGCAGACCGAUGUCUCUGGGAUGACUGAAGACGGGGAAGACAAACCACCUGAGACCUCGCGGCUUCAUCGCCGUCCAGCGGCCCGCUGUUCGGCACCAGGACAAGUGAAGGCCGUCUUCAGCUCGGUUCCUGAAACCAAAACCACCAAAGCCGAGGCGGAUGUCCUUCGUGGAGAAACCCAUCACGACCUGGCAUUUCCACACAUCACCUCUCCUGCAGGCGUCCCACAAGAGCAUCCUCCUCAGCCGCACAGAGGCAGCUCCGCAUUGAGGCACCCCCUCCACGUGAAAGAGGAAGAGGCGGAGCCCGAGGCUGUCCACGUUAAAGACGAAGAGGAAGAGCUCUACAUCACUCAGGAGGAGGCUGAGCUCAACAAAGUGCCACAAACUGGAGUCUCCAUGAAGACUGAAGACGAACCACCUAAGUCCUCACAGCUUCAUCCCGGUCCAAAUGGGGAGGAGACCAGGGAGGCGGAGCAUCCGAGCAGCAGCUCAACAGAAGCCGAUGGAGACCACUGUGGAGGAUCACCAGCAGACAAGCUCUUAGCUCCACUAUCAGAUAGUGAGCACACGACGUCACACUCUCCUGACACUGAUGAUGAAGACUCUACAGCUGAUAUGACAUGUCACCAUGGCAACACACGCCUGAAAUGCCAACACUGCGACAAAACCUUUGGUUGCCGUAGUCAUCUGAAAAGACACGUGAGGGUCCACACGGGGGAAAAACCAUUCAUGUGCUCAGUUUGUGGGAAAACGUUCUCUCGGAAAGCAAAUUUGACUAUACACACAAGAAUACACACCGGAGAGAAACCUUUUCCCUGUUCCGUGUGCGGUAGAACCUUUGUACAGAUUCAGUGUUUGAAAAUGCACAUGACCGUCCACACGGGAGAAAAAACAUAUUCCUGUUCAAUCUGCCACAAAAGCUUUUGCGACCGAACAAACCUUCUAAAACACACGAGACGACACACUGGAGAGAAACCAUACUCCUGUUCCGUGUGCAGUAAAACAUUCUCCGUCAAGGCGAAUUUGCAAGCACACACAAGAACGCACACUGGAGAGAAACCAUAUUCCUGUUCAGUCUGCAACAAAAGCUUCUGUCAACGAUCAACAUUUGUCAGACACACCAGGACACACACCGGAGAGAAAGUGUUUCGGUGCAGCGUGUGUGCUGAACGAUUCUCUUAUAAGUACCAGCUUAGCAACCACACGUGUGCCGGGGAGAACAGCGGCAGGAAGUGAAGCUGCACCGCUUCCUGCUGGGGAGAACAGCGGCAGGAAGUGAAGCUGACCCGUUUGUACUAUUUAGUACUCGCCAUGUUAAGCCCUAACAGGCACAUAUGCAGUCUAGUAUGUCUGCCGCUACGCUGUUCUGAAGUCCUGUGAACCUCAAGGUGUGGGAUUGCCUUGAGGUUCGAGAGUAAAUUAUGGCGGUGGUAGUGUGAUGGUCCGGGGCAGUCAUGCUGCUUCAGGUCCUGGAAGACCUGCUGUGAUAAACGGAAGCAUGAAAUCUGUUGUGGAAAAAAAUGUCUAUCAUCCUAAGUCGGAAAGAGAACGCCUGAAAUAAAUCCAGAACUUGGCAGUUUUUAUGACCUUUGCCCAACAAAGCGGUCAGACAACACACAGUACGCAUAACGGCCUGUAGGUGUCUUGGCCCGGAGUGGCCUCUUGGGAACUCUUAUGCUCCAUAGCAUUCCAUAGAUUAGCUUUAGGCUAAUCUUUCUCACGCAGGGACACAGAGCUUUCCAUUGUUUCCUCCCCUCAUAAUAAAGACUUGUAUGUAAAAGCUGUAUCAGGU